AACACUCACUGCAAGGGUCCACAGCUUCGUUCUUGAAGUCAGUGAGAGCAAGAACCCACCAAUUCCAGACACAAUAAGUAGAGCAAGGAAAAAUAAUACAGUGAAAAAUAAGCAUUUUUUUAACUGUAUGACUACAGUGACUGUUGCAGUCCUCAGAAGAUAAUACAGUACUGUGACCUAUGAAGCAGUAUAGUCUAGGAUUAUAUCUAAAUGUAGUAAAAAUUCAAAAUUAAGGACAUGUAAGGUGAGAAAUGGGAUGAGUGGGCAAAAUUCAAAUGGACUACCUUGUCAGUUCCCUGGUAAGGGGAAGUAGGAUUCAGAAUCUAGAAAUGCUCUAGAGAAAUCUUGGGGAGAGGAUAUAUUUAAAGAAAAUAUAUCAGUCCAUACUGUCAUAGAGAAUGGGGGAAACAAAUAUUAACAUGACAAUUGUAGUAGGUUGAAUAGUGUCAUCAAAAAAGACAUGUCUGUGUCCUAACCACAUUCAAGACCUGUGAAUGUGACCUAAUUUGCAAAAAAAAAAGAAAGUAUUUUCAAAUGUACUUAAGAAUCUGGAGAUAAAGUCAUCCUUGGCAAGUGACAGAAGAGAAGACCAUGUGAAGAUGGAGAUGUAAGUUGGAGUGAUGUGGCCACAAGCCAAGGAAUGCCAAGAGCCACCAGAAGCUAGAAACAGCUAGUGAGAAAUCGCCCCUAGAGCCUCUGGGGAAGCACAGCCUGGCCAACAACUUGAUUUUGGACUUCUGGACUCUAAAACUGUGAGAGAAUAGAUUUAUAUUGUUUUAAACCAUCCCCGUCUUUUGCAAUUUGUUAUGGCGGCCCCUAGGAAACUCAUAACAAUUACUCAUGCAAAUAAGACAUAAUUAAAAGUUGCGGACUGUGAAAAAAAAAAUUCUAUGAAAGCAGACAACAAACAUACCUUGACCCAAACUUGGAGGGCAGAGAAGCUCUCCAAGAAUCCAUAGCAAAAGAUCCUAAAAGAUCAUCCAAGAAAGCUAAAUGGGUGCAGACCCAAAAGAAUUUUAAGAGUAAAUAAGGUGUUUUGCAGGAUAUUAAGUUUUAUGUAAACUAAUAUUGAAUUGAUAUGGUUAUGUAAAUUAAACACUAGUCAAAGACAAACUUGAUAUGAAGUUUUCUUACUCAGAAUCCUAUGACAUGGCACAUAAGUGCCCUGCCUAACCCUUUUCCAAACCAACAAAAAAUGAGAAUGAAUAUAGAGCAGGAAGGUCCGCCUCUGUACUAUUUUGGGAAACUAGGAAGCCAGCCAUCUGUUACCAAGUUUACAGAGCACCUUCUGCAUCUUCCCACAUCCACGUAUAGGACUCAACACUGAAGCUGCUGGAGGACACUGAGAGCCCCAUCCUGUGCUACCUGAACCAGGACAAAUAACCCCACAAGAAAGACCAGAAUGUGAGACCUACUGACCAGACCUCCCCAAAUGCUAGAUCAGGAAGUUGGAAGAUGCUUAUUUUUCUGGCAUAUUCUCAGAAGAUCCUGAAGACAAGAACCAGGUUGGUUCCUGCACUACAGGUGGACCUGUGGCAGCCCAGCAGUAUCUCCUAUGUAUCAGAGGGAACAGUUACUGAUGUCCAUAUCCCCCAAAACGGUUCCCGAGCCCUGUUAGCCUUCUUACAGGAAGCCAACAUCCAGUACAAGAUCCUCAUAGAAGAUCUUCAGAAAACACUAGAGAAGGGAAGCAACUUGCAAACCCAGAGAAACCGAAGAUCCCUCUCUGGAUAUAAUUAUGAAGUUUAUCACUCCUUAGAAGAGAUUCAAAAUUGGAUGCAUCAUCUGAAUAAAACUCACUCAGGCCUCAUUCACAUGUUCUCUAUUGGAAGAUCAUACGAGGGAAGAUCUCUUUUUAUUUUAAAGCUGGGCAGACGUUCACGACUCAAAAGAGCUGUUUGGAUAGACUGUGGUAUUCAUGCCAGAGAAUGGAUCGGUCCUGCCUUUUGUCAGUGGUUUGUAAAAGAAGCUCUUCUAACACAUAAGAGUGACCCAGCCAUGAGAAAAAUGUUGAAUCAUCUAUAUUUCUAUAUCAUGCCUGUGUUUAACGUCGAUGGAUACCAUUUUAGUUGGACAAAUGAUCGAUUUUGGAGAAAAACAAGGUCAAGGAACUCAAGGUUUCGCUGCCGUGGAGUGGAUGCCAAUCGGAACUGGAAAGUGAAGUGGUGUGAUGAAGGAGCUUCUAUGCACCCUUGUGACGAUACAUACUGUGGCCCUUUUCCAGAAUCUGAGCCAGAAGUGAAGGCUGUAGCUAACUUUCUUCGAAAACACAGAAAGCACAUUAGGGCUUAUCUCUCCUUUCAUGCAUAUGCUCAGAUGUUGCUGUAUCCCUAUUCUUACAAAUAUGCAACAAUUCCCAAUUUUAGCUGUGUGGAAUCUGCAGCCUAUAAAGCUGUGAAUGCACUUCAGUCAGUAUAUGGGGUACGAUACAGAUAUGGACCAGCCUCCACAACAUUGUAUGUGAGCUCUGGUAGCUCAAUGGAUUGGGCCUACAAAAAUGGAAUACCUUAUGCAUUUGCUUUCGAACUACGUGACACUGGGCAUUUUGGAUUUUUACUCCCAGAGAUGCUCAUCAAACCCACCUGUACAGAAACUAUGCUGGCUGUGAAAAAUAUCACAAUGCACCUGCUAAAGAAAUGUCCCUGAGACAGCCCAAGGCUCAGGUCAACUGCCAUAGGAUUCUGAGCAAGGCCUACUUGGGCCUGGAUAGAAACUGUUUUCAAAGAGAAGGGCAGCUACUUAGAGCGAACAUAUCUAUGGACUUUAAAAAGACCCCACACAAUUUGACUUUGUGGCAAUAGAAAACAGUAAAAAAUAGGGUAUAGCCUACUUUAUUAUAAGAAAAAGUAUCCAUUUUCUAUCGCUUUAGAGUCUUAUUUGAUUAUGGUGGGAGGGAAUAUUUUCAAAUUUCCCAUUUCUCAAGAAAUGUACAAAUUAAUUGAGGAUUUCCCUUCAAUAAAUUUCAUGUUCUCAAUUA